GCGCUAACAUGGAUAUCAACUCCUUUGCCGCUUUAAAGAAGCAGAAGGCGAAGGGCCAGGGCAAAAAGGAGCCGGGCAAGCAGAAGCCCGUUAGCGACUUUUUCAAGAAGGGUGGUGAGCCCUUGGCGGUACCUACUGAUGAUGCCGUAGCUGCCGCCAAGAGGAAGGCGGCCGACAAAGGAGUCGCCCCCAUCAGCAAGAUGCUGAAGAAGGGGGAUGUUGAGAAGAAAGCUCCUUCUGUGGUGAUUGUCGAGGGGCAUUCAUCCUCUGAGCCCCCGGUCAUUUCGGUGACCCCUUCCCAGGCCCUCGUGGAUGAGGGGGGCCUGCCCAGGGAGAGUAUCCAGUUCUCUCUCCUCAAGGGAACGGCCAUCGUGCAUGGCACGGUGGACCCGAAGGAGUUCCUGAGAGGUGCCACCCCCUCGCUGGACAAGGCUGCUCUCAGCCGAAUGGAUGAUGAGGCCAUCGACAAUAAGAUCCUUCGUUCCUCCCUUACUACUUGCAUUGCCCUUGGUGAGCAGGUCCGGAGGCUUGAAGAGUGGCGCCCUCGGAAGGCACAGGAGGAUGAGAAGCUGAAGAAGCUUAUUCAUGACAAUGCCGAUGCCGUGAGGCAGAUGGCUAAGUUGAAGGAGGAGCUGCGGCAGGCGAAGGCCGAGGCGGAGAGAGCUACGGCGGAGAAAGUCGAGGCUGAGAGGGCCACCGCUGAGGCCGCAAAGAAAGCUGUCGAGGAGGCCGAGGCCGCCAAGGCGGAAGCCGUCGCCAAUUCCCGGGGAGAUGCUGUUUCCGCCUUCAUCGCCAAGGAGUGGAGGGCCGAGGACCAGAGUCAAUGGGUGGCCUCGGUGGUGGAGGCCUCGGGGGAUGCUUAGGUGAAAGGCCCCGGGGCUAUGUGGCUAGCCCGCAAGGGCGAAGACUAUUAUGCUGGGGGGAGUUUUUCACUCAAGCCCUAAUCUACAGAAGGCUAGCUCAGCACUUUCAAGUGGAUCCGAAGGACUUCGAUCCUACAGCAUAUGGCCUCCCCCCUUCAGCCAGAUGUCAGAAUCCCCCUCCCCCCGGAUGCUGAGAGGCCGGAUCUCGAACUCCGUGCUGAUGCAAGAAGUUGUGGGCGAUGGUGAGGAGGCAGAAGGGGAUGCCACUUCCAAGCCAGCCAAAGUGGUUGCUACUGAAGCCGUCAAUCCCUGAUUUGUACUUAGACAGUUUUUGAAAU